CAAAGAUCAGCGUAGUUCGAUCUGACUGGGCGGGGGGAUGAAAGGUGGUAAAUAUGGCGGCGGCCUUGGACGAAGAUGAAAUCGACAAUGAUGAUUAUUAUUCUCUCUUAAAUGUCCGUAGAGAGGCUACACAAGAAGAGCUCAAGGCAUCAUAUCGUCGUCUUUGCAUGCUCUACCACCCAGACAAGCACAGAGAUCCAGAGCUAAAGAGGCAGGCAGAACAACUUUUUAACUUGGUGCACCAAGCAUAUGAAGUGCUAAGGGACCCACAAUCCAGAGCAAUAUAUGACAUAUACGGAAAGAGAGGACUGGAUGUUGAAGGAUGGGAGGUGGUGGAGAGGAAAAGAACUCCAGCGGAGAUUCGUGAGGAGUAUGAGCGACUUCAAAGAGAACGAGAGGAGAGGAGACUACAGCAAAGGACCAACCCUAAGGGGACAAUAAGUGUUGGUGUUGAUGCAACUGACCUCUUCGAUCGGUACGAUGAGGAUUAUGAAGAGAUCUCUGGAGGUGGUGGUGGCGGCGGAUUACCGCACAUUGAGAUCAAUAGGAUGCACAUAUCCCAAUCCAUAGAGGCUCCUCUGACAACCACAGAUACAGCCAUUCUCUCUGGCUCGCUUUCCACGCACAAUGGCAAUGGAGGCGGAAACAUAAACCUGGCCCUGCGACGGGUCACCUCUGCUAAAGGCUGGGGAGAGGUUGAGUUUGGGGCGGGAGACACACAUGGGCCUCUUUUCGGCCUCAAGAUAUUCCGUAAUUUAACUCAACGGUGCUUUGCGACGGCUCAUUGUGGCAUGCAGUUUUCAUCGCGCGGCGUACGGCCAGCUCUCACUACUAUGGUUGCACGCCACCUGGACAAAAACACUAUGGGUUACUUACAGUGGCGCUGGGGAGCUCAGUCUUCCAUGAACACCAGCAUAGUCAGGGACACCAAAAGCAGUCAUUUUACCUUUGCUGUGCAGUUGGGAAUUCCACAUACGUUCAUCAUGAUGAGCUACCAGUACAAAUUCCAGAAUGAAGAUCAGACCAAGAUCAAGGGCUCAGUCAAGUCAGGGUUCUUCGGUACUGUGGUGGAAUAUGGCGCUGAGACCAAGAUUAGUCGUCACAGCAUCCUUGGUGCUACCGUCAGUGUUGGAGUACCUCAGGGAGUGUCCCUCAAGAUCAAGUUGAAUAGAGCCAGCCAGACGUACUUCUUUCCUUUUCACUUAACGGACCAGCUUUUACCCAGCGCUGUGUUUUAUGCCACGAUCGGACCUCUUGUAUUCUACUUGGCCUUCCAGCGACUGGUCAUAAGGCCUUACGUUCGUGCUCAGCAGGAGCAGGAGCUUGAGAAACAGAGGGAAAGCUCUGCCUCUGACAUCGCCAAGAAGAAGCAAGAGGCAGAGGCUGCUGUUCUGCUGAUGCAAGAGUCUGUGCGCAGAAUUAUCGAAGCGGAGGAGUCCAGAAUGGGUCUAAUCAUCCUCAACUCCUGGUAUGGCAAGUUUGUAACAGACAACAGUCGUAAACAUGAAAGGGCGAGGGUCAUUGAUGUAACAGUGCCUCUUCAGUGCCUGGUGAAGGACUCCAAGCUCAUUCUCACAGAAGCAUCUAAGGCUGGUUUACCGGGCUUUUACGACCCCUGUGUAGGCGAGGAGAAGAGCCUGAAGGUGCUGUAUCAGUUCAGAGGUGUGAUGCAUCAAGUUCUAUGCGGUGACACAGAAGCACUCAGGAUACCAAAACAAUCCCACAGGAUUGAUAAUGACAAUUAGGAACGUGUAUCUGUUGAGCUGAAAGGGACAGCUUGGACUGGUAUAGACUGAUGAGACACAGAUUUUCUGGAGUACACUCUGUGGACUUUAAAGUCUUCAUAUACCUAUUUAUCAUUCAUUUUGUGCCGUUUUAAAUACUAUUCAAAAUGAUGUCUGUUUGGAAUUAAGAGCAUUUAAUUCAUUUGCUGGAUUUUCUCAAAUAAAAUUCUUUCACAGAAAAGAAACUGUAACGCCAAAAGUUAAAUAUCAGAUGUAUUCCCUUAUUUGUUAAACUCAGUUUUUAAGUAAAAGCUCCGCCCUCCCCAAAAUGAUGAUGGGUACUGUGAACUGUACUGGAGCAUCUCUAGACCACAAUGGUGCCUGUAAUCUGCACUCAACAGAGAGCGAUAUUUCACCCUCAUUACAUCAGAAAGAAAACGUUGCUUGAUCCAGCUCACUAAAUCCCAUAAGAGAUGGUUUACCUCAGCUGUCAGUCAUAUUUCUGUGUUUGACUUUUUUUUAUCACCAACAUCCAAAUAGCUUGCUAAGUUUUCAGGGGCAAAGCAUGUUCUUUCCCAUGCUAUAAGAUUAGCAAAACCCUUGCCUGUUUAAUUUCCAAAAUGUCUUUAGGAAAACUUGCGUUGUAUUCCAAGUAGAUUUCAUUCCCCCGAGUCUAACAUUUGGAGGUCCACCUCUCAUAUUUCACAUCAGCUGCCAGUGCCAUAGGAAUUAAAGGGGCCAGUGCACACAAUAUAGCGGGAUUGUCUAUAUAAAGGCUAGUCUCCCACCUUGUGUUCAAAGACUUGAAUAGCAAUGGAUGAACAUUUGUUGAAACUUCAUUUAGGUUCCACCAUGUUUAAUCCCUGCAUUUAAGUGCCAUACAGAUCUAUACCCCUAAUACUGUCUUUUCAUUUAAGCUUUUGGAUGCCUUUUGGUAUGUUUAUGCAAGAAAAGCAAUACUUAAUUUGAUGGGCUGGCAGUAUGGCAUCUCUUUGUUUCUGGUUAACUCUAAUUUAUAUGAAAUGUCUCAAUUCUGCACACUUGCCAUUUGAAUGAUGAUGUUUAAAUGACUAUACCUGUAUAUCUGUAAUUGCUGUCUAGAGUGUUAGCAGCAGGUAUAGACUGUCAUUUUAAAAUAAAGAAACAAUGGAAAUGUACAA